AUGGCGAGGGGCGCCGCACGGAGGGGCGCCGACGAGAAGAAGGCGGCGGCGGCGGCUGCGGUGACCAAGCGCGUGAUGGGCAAGAAGGAAGUGAACACGGCUGCCGCUGCGGCAGAGGAGAAGAAGGCGUGGGUGCCGGACCCUGUGACCGGCUACUAUCGCCCAGCAGGUAGCGCUGCCAAGGAGGUGGACGCGGCGGAGCUGCGCGCCAACCUGCUGGCGGAGGCUGCGGCCAACUGA